GUGCUGCUCUUUUCGACACAAAAAAAACUCUCAUAAGCUAGAGCGGAGUAAGUUACAAGGACGGGAGGAGUAUAUGUUUUAACCCCAUAAAAUGGUCAGUAGCUAGCAAGAUUCUGUCAUUCAUGUGUAUCAUGCUUGAACAUUCCCCUUAUAUAUAGGGACAUUUUUCCCUUUAUUAUACGCACAUUAGACAAUAAUAGAAAAAUAAGAGAAAAUUAAGAAGAUGAGCAAAGAUAGCAUUCACGUUGUAAUGGUUCCAUGGUUAGCAUUUGGUCACUUGAGCCCAUUUUUACAACUGUCCAUAGCCUUAGCCAAAGAAGGAGUUCAUGCCUCUUUUAUUUCCACUCCCAGGAACAUUAAGAGACUUCCUAAAGUUCCUCCUAAAUUAGCACCACUAGUAAAUCUAGUCGAAUUUCCGCUGCCAUCACUCGAUAACAGCCCGUUGCCCGCUGAUGCUGAGGCAAGUGUAGACAUUCUUGCUGAUCAAAUUUUCUACUUGAAAGAGGCUUUUGAUCUCCUUCAAGAACCUGUUAAAAACUUCAUUGCUGAUAAGAAACCUGAUUGGAUCAUCGCUGAUUUCAUCCCCCACUGGGUGGUUGAUAUCGCUCGAGGACUUGACAUUCCCCUUAUUAAAUUUAGUGUCUUCACUGCUGCUUCACGGGUUUUCUUUGGCCCCCCAAAACGUAGAUCUGCGCUCGAUCAAGUUAAAAAGGGACCACAGCCAUUACAUGAACUUUUGACAUCUCCACCUCCGUGGGUGGAUUUUCCAUCGAUUGUUGCUCUCCGGAAACGUGAAGCGCUAGAACUAAUUGCUGUCUUCCGUGCAGAGAAUGCUUCACGCGAAAGUUUACUGGGACACGAUGCCAUAGUAGAAGACGCAUGCAGAGCUGUGGCUAUACGUACUUGCAGUGAAUUUGAAGGUGAUUACUUGGACACAUAUAGAAAACUCAAGGGAAGACCAGUAAUUCCGACUGGUUUGCUACUACCGGAAGAAUUACCAGUGGAUGAAAGAACCCUUGCUUGUCAGCCAAAUUGGAAAAAAAUCUCCAAAUGGCUCGACGAACAAAAGCCAAGAUCUGUUGUGUUUGUGGGAUUCGGCAGUGAGUGUAAACUUAGCAGGAAUCAAGUGUACGAAAUAGCAAAGGGAGUACAACUCUCAGGACAACCGUUUCUGUGGAUAUUACAGAAGCCUCGUUGGGCUCUGAACGAUAUUGAUGCGUUGCCAUCAGGCUUUGGCUCCGCGACAGAGGGGAGAGGGUUGGUGCACAUUGGCUGGGCACCACAAAAGGAAAUUCUUGCUCAUCGGGCCAUUGGAGGAUCCCUCUUUCAUGCAGGAUGGGGUUCAGCCAUUGAAGCUUUACAAUAUGGUCAUGUUCUCGUGGUGCUGCCUUUUGUUUUUGACCAAGGAUUGAAUGCAAGACUGCUAGUUGAAAAAGGUUUCGCAGUUGAGGUGAAGAGAAGCGAAGAAGAUGGAGCAUUUAGUGGAAAUGACAUUGCAUUGUCAUUGAGAGAAGCGAUGGUUUUAGAGGUAGGAGAAGAACUUAGAGCUCGAGCUAGAAAAGCUGCUGUUAUUUUUGGAGACCGUAAACUUCAAGACUACUAUGUCAAAACCUUUGUCGAGUACUUGAAAAGUGACCGUGGAAUUAAUUAGAAACAUUAUUGUGCAUGUUCAAUGCAUGUCAAUCAAAUGUUAAUAUUUGUAGGCAUUGAACUGGUUGGCAACUAUGUAUAUCACCUGGUGAAUUAGACUGGCAAGCUGCUCUAGCAAGAUUGCAAUAAAUGAAUGACUUCAUUUUUACCA